AUGCCUGCUGAAACACUCUCACUAGCCGGAAACGUCGCCAUCGUUACCGGUUCUGGUCGUGAAAAUGGUAUCGGUGCUGGAAUCGCGUUUGCCCUAGCUCGUAACGGCGCAGCUGUUACCAUUAACUAUGUCUCUGAGUCCUCGGCAAAGCGUGCUGAAGGUGUUGCACAGAAAAUCAGGAAUGAGGGUGGGAAAGCAACUGUUAUAAGGGCGUCUGUUAACGAGGAAGGGCGAAAACUCUUGUCGAGGGGAAAUAUUGGCCCUACCUUGGCCCUAUCUCUGGACAAGGUCAGAGAGACCUUCGAAGUUAAUCUCUACGGUCCUCUGUUCAUGGUCCGUGCGGUCGUGCCACACAUGCCUCCUGGAGGACGUAUAAUCAAUAUCACGUCCGCAGCGGCGAGAAUGCCUUCGGCUACCUACGGUGUCUAUGGAUCGUCAAAGGCUGCGCUUGACUAUCUGACAGCUGUAUGGGCAGAAGAAUUUGGCAAAAGUCGCGGCAUAACUGUCAACUCAGUUGGCCCUGGUAUCGUUGAAACAGAUAUUGUUCCUUCUGACCCUGAAGCCCGGAAAGCAGCUUUCGAACCAUAUGUUCGUAUGACAAGGGCUGCUGAUAGGCCAGGGACGAUUGAAGAUAUUGGAGAUACCGUCCUUUGGUUCGCAUCUGAGAAAGCAAGAUGGAUCACUGCUCAACAUAUUUCUGCUAGUGGAGGCGUAACAGCAUUAUAA